GCAGCGCAUGGCCCACUUGGGGCGUGGCUGCCUGGACCCCGUUUAUGGGCCCGCAAUCCCUGGUUUCUAUUACGACUAUCCUCCGCUUGCGGGUGCUGACCGCCUGUUGCGAGUGGCGGUGCUUACAGCUCUGGGCCUCGUUGGUACUUUUAUGGUGGGCGCCGCCCUCUAUAUCGGUGCCUACGCAGAGUGUUGUCUUAGCUGGUUGACUUUUCUCACCAUCAUCGCGGAGGUGAAGGUGAUCAUUUCCGUAGUGAAGUACUGCCCGCAAGUGUGGAUGAACUACAAGAGGAAGAGCACGGCCGGAUGGACGAUUUACAACGUCCUGCUCGAUUUGACCGGAGGCCUGCUCAGUGUUGCUCAGCUGCUUCUUGAUGCUUCCCUCAGCAACGACUGGAGCAAGGUGUCUGGCGACCCUGCCAAGCUAAUGCUGGGCAACGUCUCGGUCUUCUUCGACCUCAUCUUUAUCGUGCAGCACUUCUGCCUUUACAGGGAUGCACGCGGCGCGGCCGCGUGCGAUGCACAGGGAUCCAGCUCCAGCUCCGAAAAGACGCUGAAAAGUGACAGUGAGGAAGACAUGGUGGGGACGUCGACUUGCUGGCCUUCUCAGUUGUCAAUGGCGGCCACAUGGGACGAGGAUGCCCUCCUGAUCUUCGGUGUGGCCCUGGGCAAGGAGUUUGCUACGAAGGGCGCUUCAGCAAGCUUAGGGCCCGGGGUCAACGUGCACCGCGUGGCCCGAAACGGCCGGAACUUCGAGUACCUUUCGGGUGAAGACCCGCACCUCGGGGCCAAGCUUGGUGCUGCGCACGUUCGCGGAGUGCAGUCCCAAGGGGUCAUGGCGGUUGUCAAGCACUUCGCCAUGAACGAGCAGGAGACAAACAGAAACACGGAGUCGUCCAACGUUGACGAGAAGACGGCCUGGGAGCUUUAUUUCCCACCUUUCCAGGCAGCCGUCGAUGCAGGAGCCGUAGCAUUCAUGUGUUCCUACAACCUGGUCGAUGGAGUGCAUGCAUGCUCCAAUCGAGACCUGCUGCGAGUCGCAUUGAAAGAGCGCAUGGGCUUCCGAGGCUUCGUCCAGUCGGAUUGGUGGGCAGCCCACGAUAUGUCGUUGGAGCGUGGGCUCGACCAGGAGAUGCCCGGAACACAGGGUCUGUUCAGCGUUGAGGCACUGCGACUGCAACCUCCAGAGCUUGUGGAUGAUGCUGUGCCCGUUUCCCAGCACUCCACAAGUGAGCCUCCAGCAUUGCGAGAGAGUGGCUCGGUGUGGGAGUGGCAGACGCAGGUCAAGACCAUCGCAGUGGUGGGUGCUGCCGCUGUGGCACGGCCCUACGAUCCGAGCGGGAAAGACCAAGGUGCGAAUGCCUGGGCCGUCGGCGACUACUAUUCCGGGGGUGGAAGUGGCCACACGGUUGCCAGCAAUGUGGUGACUCCCUUGGAGGGCAUACAGAGGCGCGCGCAGCAACAGGGAAUCACGGUGCUGUCGUCGACAACCAACGACCCAACAUCAGCCCUUCAAGUUGCGAAGCAGGCCGACGUCACCAUCAUCGUAGCAGCGACCACAUGUGGGGAGAGCGCCGAUCGGCUAAAUCUGUCCUUGGACGGAGGAGCUGACGAUCUCAUCGCAACUGUUUCGGCCGCUGCAAAGCGGACGGUGGUUCUCGUCCAAGCUCCAGGAGCUGUCGUCAUGCCAUGGAAAAAGUCCGUAGACGCUAUCCUCGUUCUGUUUCUUGGGGGUGAGGAAACCGGCAGCGCUUGGGGACGAAUCCUGUUUGGUGACGAGGCUCCCAGCGGCCGGCUCCCGAUCAUGAUGCCAGAGACCGAGGCAGACUCCAUCCCGCCGAGCCAAGCGCUGAUCGUGGACUACACCGAGGGCCUGCGCACAAGCUACAGGAACCCGAACUUCACGGCGGCAUUUCCUUUCGGACACGGUCUGACGUACACGUCCUUUGAGUACAGGGAUCCCAUCCUGGGGAACUGCAGCCUGGAGGCUGCGGCUCCUGUGGAUGCCUUCGUGUGCCUGCGCCUGGCGGUUGACAACGUGGGUCUCCGGGCAGGCCGGACAGUGGUCCAGAGCUACUUGGAGAUGCCAGCUCAGGCCGGCUAUCCGACUCCAAUCUUGAGGGGAUUCCGGAAGACCGGUAUGAUUCCCGCUGGCAGCUCCGAGUCGGUGCUGCUUCACUUCACGGCGCGGGAUCUGUCGUUCUAUGAACCUCUGUUUCAGCGGUGGAUUAUGCCUGGCAGUCUUCGCGCUCUAGUGGGGGAGUCUUCCAGAGACAUCAGGCUGAGUAUCCCGAUGAGGAUUCCACAAGCUGCAGGCGGUUCCCCCAGUCCGUCGCGACAGUGGACUGCUUUCUGGUGGCUCAUCGCCGUCCUCGCGGCCAUCGCGUUGAUCGUCCCUUUUAUCUUCUAUGCCGUGAUGAGGCGAAGACCGGAUGGGACGGUCGAGGAUUCCAGCAGCGAGCUCUCCGAGUUCAGUUGUUCGACAAGUGAUCCAGCUCUUGAGCAUGGGACUGCAGAUGGACUUCAGGUAAAGGAGCAGAUGCAAUGCACAAGCGGUGCGAGCCCUCAGAUAGCGAGGACGAGAGCACCGAGCGGAAGAGGGCCCGACUUCAGCGAGCCCUGGUGGCGGGCACCUUCCCUGAGGGAUCGGACCCGUUCCCAGAGCUUGGCUCUCAGCAUCAAGCACUCGGACUGCAUCCUGUUUUGCUUCAUUCGUUGCGUGAAAAGGUCGGCCCUAGCUCUUAGCUGUGGAUCCUGUUGA